CUGAAAAAGCGUGGUGUGAGUGUCUCUGUUGAGCAAAGCAAAAUAAAUAUCGCUUCACUCCUCCACUGAGAACCCAUCUAUGGCUUCUUCAUUUUCAUCUUCCUCUGCAGUUUUGCUUUUAGGGUUUGUUUUGAAUUUGUUUCUGCAAAUCAAUCUUUCGCAUUCUCUCACCUGUUCAUCACAGCAGUUCUCGAGCAACAGAAUUUAUGAAUACUGCAAUGAUCUUCCAGAAUUGAGCUCUUACCUUCACUGGACCUAUGAUUCAUCAAACUCGUCUCUGAAGAUAGCUUUCUUGGCUUCUUCUAAAGCUGAUGGAUGGGUUGCUUGGUCUAUCAAUCCUCAGGCUCCUAAGAUGCUUGGUGCUCAGGCUUUGAUAGCUUACAAGUUAGAUGGGAAUAUGACUUUGAAUACCUUCAAUGUCACCUCUUACAAGGGAAUCGCUCCCUCUAAAAUUGCUUAUGAGGUUUGGGAUACCGCGGCUGAGUACUCAGAUGGGUUGAUGAGGAUCUUUGCUACCAUAGGAUUACCCGGUCAGAUGACGACGAUUAAUCAGGUUUGGCAGGUUGGGACUGCGGUGUCGAAUGGGAUUCCAUCUGCUCAUGCGAUCCUGACUGCGAAUUUGAACUCUAAGGGGACCCUUGAUUUGCUGAAAGGACAGAGCAGCUCCACCACUGGUGGGAAUGAUAAGCUUAGAAGGAAAAAUAUUCAUGGAAUAUUGAAUGCUGUGAGCUGGGGAAUAUUGUUUCCCUUUGGAGCCAUUAUUGCAAGGUACCUGAGGACGUUCCAGUCUGCAGAUCCUGCGUGGUUUUAUCUUCAUGUGUCGUGCCAGUCCUCUUCUUAUGUUGUUGGUGUUGCUGGCUGGGGAACUGGUCUUAAGCUUGGGAGUGAAUCAGAGGGAGUGGUAUACAAGGCCCACAGGAAUAUUGGGAUUGCCCUCUUCUGUGCUGCAACUGUGCAGAUUUUUGCAUUGUUCCUGAGACCUAAGAAGGAUCACAAGUACCGCAAGUACUGGAAUGUCUAUCACCAUGGCCUUGGCUACAUCAUCAUCAUCCUUGGCAUCAUCAAUGUGUUUAAAGGUCUGGACAUAUUGGUUCCUGCUCAGAAGUGGAAGAAAGCUUAUGUCAUUGUGCUCAUUGUGUUGGGUGCUAUCGCACUUCUGCUGGAGGCCGUUACAUGGGUUGUAGUAUUAAAGAGGAAGUCUGGCAAGUCUACCAAGCCUUAUGAUGGCACCAAUGGCAGGCAGUAGCUGCUCACAAUUGGAUCAUGUCGUUGUUGUUCUUGCAGAAUCUUCUUCUUUGAUCAUCUUUUAGUAUAUUAGUUCAGUAGAUGGGUGGUUAUAUAUGCUAUUCACAGGAGUUUCUCUUCCUCCCCCCCCCCCUACCUCCCACCUUUUUGUUCAUCUUGUGUAUACUGGCUUAGUUGCAGACCUGCAGUUGGGUGGCCCUUUAGAUUCUUUAGAAUAUAUGACUAGGUUUCAGUUCUGUAAUUUGUGUCUCUAUGUUUUAUAUUGGGGGUAGAGGGUUUUACAGUCCCCAAACAUAUGUGUUUUUCUCUGCUGUAAUACAUAGAAUUGCAUUCAGCCUUCUGAAAAUCAAUGAUGGCCUCUUGUUUA